AUGGCUACUCCCUUUGCUCCCCCCGGUAUCCAAGCUACCCCUACUGCGCCUGCUGCCCUUCCAGGUGUAGUUGUCCCAGCUGCCAGGCCUCCCGACUCUCCAAUCCCCGACGUUUCCCUCAGCGACGUUCCCUUUGGUAGAAACAGCGUCACGAUCGUGAAGACGCAUCAGCGCUCUACUCACUGGGCGAUGACGUUCGAAAUGAUCAAUUCCGAUUUUCGCCGGUCUGCCCUCAAGCAGAUCACCUUUCCAGUGUUCACUGGAUUUAUUUGGUGUACCGAGUACAUCCAGAUCGCCCGUGUUUAUAUUUUUUUGAUUCUGAAGUGCUUCCAGCACUAUUUUGCCCCGAUUGUUGCCGUUUUCCCCAAUCUUUCUUAUCUUCGCACCUUCGUUGCUACCCUCUUGAAGAAGAACAAGAAAAUCCAUGGCGCUGGUGACAUCACUCCUUCCAAUUGCCACAGGUUUGAUCUUUUUGCCAAUGUCUCUGACUUUGAAGGAUUGGGGUUUCGCCUGAGAUUGCAGAAUCUGACUACCCCCCUAUCCAACACCCCCGUUUCACCUUUGAUCAAUCGCCCUCCCAUCCUCACCACCAACGACGCGUACGACAGCGACUCUGAGUACGUUCCCUCGGACACCGAUUCAGCAAGAUCCUUCUGCUCUUCCGAGUCCGCCGAGUCCUCCAGCUCCACCGAGGUCGAUGAACCCGCCGAUUCGGUCGCUUCUGCCGAGUCCAUGCAGCUGAUCGACGACGAAUACACCGUCGUCGACGAAGGCGUUGUUCCAGUUCAAGCCAGCAUGCCCUCCAAGAAUGCGGCGGCCUUUGAACACCCCAAGACCCCGACUCCUGCUGGCAUCAGCGGUCCUCGCUUGAUGCUCGUCGAUGGCUUGGCUACUCCAAUCACGCCAGCGGCCAAGAGCAACGACAAGAUCAAUGCCGCCCCGGUUCUCGCGACUCCCGAUCCCCAGCCUGUGCCUGUGGUCGCGGCCGUUGUCGAGACAGUGAUCGCUACUCCAAAGCCCGUUGUCCCUGGAGUGAACAAGCGCAAGGACGAAGACCAAGUGCUUGGUAUGAGCUUUAUUAGCUUUUAG